AAAGUUCCGGAGCUUAAAUGCAAAUACUGUAGGCGUAGCAAUUCCUUGAGAGCGCAUCACGCAUAAUCAGAUGAGCAGCCUACACACAUACACACACACAUACACACACACACACUCACACACACAAAGAAUUCAUCUGCGGCAGACUGACGCACAAUCCUAAAAUAAUAACCAAUGCAAAUAAGAUAACAAAUGGCGCUGCGGUGUGCAAAUGGCAUCAGUGCGCGUAACCACGCCGCGCCGGUUGGUAGGAGUGUUAAGGUGAGGGUGUAGUAUUAUGAGGCCAAGUGUUUUGGUGAACCCGCUACUUCGAUGAGCGACAAACGAGAGACGGGCCUGGUACACGGUGCGCCCAUCGGACUAUGCCUUCCCCAACUCGGGAGGGAAGCAAAGGGGACACCGGACAGGCAAAAGCCAGCGGAGAACGACGACAGGGAGAGCGGGACAGGCGACCGCCGUCUCCUGUGCGCGCUGGAGAUGGAGCUGACAAACUGCAGCAUGCACGGCGACUCCAAAGUGGAUUGUGUAAAUUGCGAUGGCUUGAUAAGUCGAAACGGCGGGGACUCGGCAGAAGUAUCCGUGCCGCUGACACUUCCCGGGAAGCGGAUUACUCCUAUGGAGGGAGACAACCUCUACAGACUGCGGGACAGAAAGUUUUUAUUAGAGGAUAAAAAGCGACUGUGCGCGUUGGCUUUGGGCACCGCUCUGCUCGGGAUAGUGCUCAUGAUAAUCCACGCCGAGAUAUGUCCCUCCUUUUAUGAACCGGGCUCAAACAUUGCCUUAUUCAUCAACUGUUCCAUCAGCCUGUCCACUGGGUGUCUCCUGAUCCUCAUUAUAGCUUUCCAUUAUAAGGACAUCAGGCUGUUCAUCAUUGACCACAACCAGGUGGACUGGCGUAUUGCCAUGACCAGCCACAGGGUUCUUGUGAUCACUCUUGAGCUGUUGGUCUGCGCCAUCCAUCCUGUUGGCACAUACUGGGAGGUGGGCCCCCCUGUCAACUCCUCUUCCUCAGCUCCGCUCUCUGAUUCCAACCGCCAUGUUCAUGCCCUGAUGGACAUAGAGCUGCUGUUAUCAGUGCUGAUGUUCCUCCGCUUGUACUUGGUGCACAGAGCCGUCCUGCUGCACAGCAAAGUGCUGCUGAGUGCCUCCUACAGGAGUAUCGGCUCACUCAACAACAUCAACUUUACCUUCCGCUUUGUUCUCAAGGUACUGAUGAACAAAUACCCAGCACGCACACUGCUGGCCUUCAUCCUCCUCUUCUGGCUCACUGCGUCCUGGAUGCUAACUCUGUGUGAGAGGCAGAUCCAAGCAUCGACAGGCCACAUGGAAAAGGCGCUGUGGCUCAUAGCCAUCACCUUCCUCACAGUGGGCUAUGGGGACGAGGCGCCCAAAACCUGCUGUGGCAAGGCAGUGUGUCUCUUCACUGGAGUCAUGCUGAAAAGAGGAAAACAGGGAGUAGCCUGCACUGCCAUGCUGGUAGCAGUUGUUACUAAGAAGCUGGCGUUGAACAAAGGAGAGAAACAUGUGCAUUUCUUCAUGCUGGACAUCCAGAUCUCAAAAAGGAUCCGCCACGCUGCUGCUAAUGUGCUUAGGGAGUGCUGGCUCCUGCACCGCACAAACCUCACAAAGGGCAACCGCAGUGAGCACCGAAGACACCAGCGAUGCCUUCUGGAAGCCAUCAGAGUAUUUCGGCAUUUACGCCUCAAACAGAGAAAAUUGAGAGAUUAUGCCAAUGAGAUGGUGGACCUACCUAAGAUGCAGAUGAUUAUGUGCGACCUCAGUGCCAAUUGGAAUAACUCCUAUCGGGAGCUGGAGCAGCGUAUCCUCUCCAUGGAGCAGAAGCUUGAAGAGCUGAGUCUCUGCUUCCAACAAACCUCUGAGCUGCUGUCUCAGGUCCUGCGUAAUCGGAACCCAGAGAUCAGGUGACAUGGCUAUACAUACUUGAUGAAAAAACUUAAUGGUCUUCAGUGUAUUCAUCUACAGUAUCCAUGAAAAUGAGACGGUAACCCUCUCCACCCAGAGCUGCUCCAGACUCUUAACAUGCUGAACCACUUGGAGGACUGGCAUAACCCACUAAAGAUCUCAUCUUCUGGCCCGGUGCUGAGUGCACUGCACAAUGACUCAUAGCUGUAAAAUUAUACAGAUAGAACGAGACUUCAUUUAACUGUGGAGUAAUCACAGUGCAUUUUGACAGAUCUGUUGUGCUUUCAGUACUUCUGUUUGUGACUGUGCACAAAAAACAGAAUUAAUCUUGAACAAGAUGUGUGGAGAGACUUAUUAUCCACACUGUCAAAGGUUCCAGGACUUGCUCUCUUAACUGCUAAUUGUAAGCUUUCAUUGAUGGACUCCAUCACUGCCUUAUUCCUGUGGAAUAAGAUAUAAGUUUUGUUAAUUUUACAUGUUAAUUUUAUUUUAAAUUUAAUGCAAUAUUGUACAGUGUCUAAUCAGUUUUUAUAAAAACCUCUUGCGAAUCUUCUUGUUCAUUAGCAGAAGGUUUAAUGGUUAUCAGCUGAUUAUUUUUUUUGCAAACAGGCUUAAUGAAUUUGUCUGUAAAACAAUAUCAAUUCCUCAUCAUUCUGCUUUCUCAUAACCCACCAAGUGAAUCAUGAAUGAAAUGUGUUCUCACUCUCAAACAUGAAAAAAAAAAAACAACUAAAUUUCAAUUCAGGUGUUGUGGGAAGAAACACUUAUUUCCACAGGAUUUUAACUGAUGUCAUAGAUUAUUGAUCAUUGAUUGAUCUAUAUCUGAGGUUGUAGACAGAAAUACAUCUAACACCUACACCUGUUCUGAGAACAGUGAAACUUUGGUGUAAGUUGCCUUUUAGGCUCAGCUGUUCUUUUCGCAACCCAACAGCUCCAUCUAGUGGAAAUGCAUUCAGUAAAUGUCAUAAUAUUUAGAACCGUUAACAUUAAAAUCAUAAACAUUAUAAAACAACCACAGAAAUGUCAUUUGCUACUUUUCAACCUGAAUACCAAGACCCCGACAGUCUCACAUAGGGGCCUAACAUUUGAAUCAUCUGUGCUUAAACAAUAUCUGAAAAAACAGAAAACAAGAGGACUCAGAAAUCCUCAAAUGUCACCAAACCUCAUUGUUAAGAAAGCACUUUGUGAGAAAAACUGGACUAAUUCUCUCUCUGGAGAAUAAACUGGAGUUUCGAU